UUUUUGGUUUUUAGCGAAUUUUUUCAAUAUUUUCGUCAUAUUUUUUGCGAUUUCUAGGAUUAAUCCAAAAAUUGAAUAUCAAAUUUGACAAAAAAAUACAAUCUUCAAACUACUAGUAUAAUCCUUUCAUAAAAAAAAAACUACUAGUAUAAAUAAAGCACUAAUAAUAAUGCCUAAAAAAAAUUAGUCCAAAUACACCCAUAAAAUUUAUUAGUCCCUCCAAUUUUCUCUAUCUUUUUUCUUUUAUUUUCCUUUCCUUUCCUUUCCUUUCCAUUUUCACUCUCUCCAAACAAAGCAAAAAAAUCACCAAAACCAGCCAUUGAAAAUUUGAAACCCUGGUUCACUCCAAAUCACAGAACAGACUCGAACACAAAACCAAGGCCCUGGUUUCAUAGCCAUGGACUCCACCCCAAACCCUAACCCUAACCCUAACCAAAACCUUUCCCUCAAAUCGAAGCUUCCCAUCAAACGCAAAAUCUCCGAACCUAACCCUAACCCUAAUCUCGCCCCAAAACUCGAACACCUCUCCACCGCCACCAUCGUCGACGGCGAAUACGACGGCGGAGACGGGAGGCAGCCGCCGUUCAAGUUCCACAGGAUAUGGACGGAACCGGACGAGAUCCGGUUCCUCCAGUGCCUCCUCGACUCCACCGACCUCUCCUUCCCCAGGGACCUCAACCUCUUCUACUCCAGAUUCUCCUCCCAAACGGCGACGUCGCACCCCUACACCAGGUCCCAGCUCUACGAGAAGCUCCGCCGCCUCCGCAAGAAGUUCCGCGUCGUGUCGUCGCGGCUCGCGCGGGGGGCGGUGCUGUCCCCGCACGACCGCGCGUUGUUCGAUUUGUCGAAGAGGUUGUGGCACCCCGAUUUCUCCUCUGCCUCGCCGUUUUUGGCCGGCAGUGGUGGUGGUAGCGGUAGUAAUAGUAGGAGUAGCAAUCAAAAGAAUAAUAAGAAGUCCAAUUUGGUUGGGGUUAGGGUUAGUUUCUCACCCACCCUUGAAAUCGACAAUCACACGGUCUCUAAUCGAGUUGGUGAUGAUGAGGAUUUCGAGGACGAUCAUGUUAUUGAUGGAGGAAGUAUAGAUGUUUUUGAUAAUGGUAUUGAUGUGCAAUUGAGUGAGGUGAAUGUCGAGCUUGAUAAUGAUGAUGUUCAAGAACAAGAAUUGGCAAUGCUGAGUGGUGGUGGUCGUGGUGGAGGUGGAGGAGGAGGAGGUUUUGGAGGUGGGAUUGGGGAGGUUGUGGCGAAUACUGUGAUGAAUGUGUUUGAUCAGUCUCUGAAAGAGGUUAGAACGGUUCUUGUUAGCGAUUUGGGGUCAGAUGGACCGGUGGUAGACGGUUUGGUGGUAGACGGUUUGGAGAAGCGGUGGAGGGAACAAAGAGUUGCAGAGUUGGAUGUAUUGGGUCGACGAUUAAGGUUGUGCUGCCCUGAUGCUCAACAGGCCAUGCUGUGAGUGAAAUAUGGGUUCCAUCCCAGGCCAAAAAGGUGAGUCGAACGGUUCAUUGUGUUCGGCUUCUUGAGUUUGUCGCAUUUGCAAAACAUCACACUAAUCAGACAUUGGUGAAGAUAUGAUUGAGACACAUUUGUGAUGAAUUCGGGGCUGUUUGGGAGCCUCAUUUUCACAUUUUCUGUUUCUCAUUUUAACAUUUUGGCUGUUUGGCUGAGAAGUAAAUAACUCAUUCCAUGAGAAUGGGUUUUGAGAAUUGAAGAAAGGAGAAGAGAAGUGAAAAAGAGGGGAAGAGGAGUUUUUUCCAUUCUCCUUUUCUCAUUCUUGGAGAGCAACCAUACCAAAUGACCCCCAUACCCUCUCAGGUUGUCAAUAACUCCCCAAAACCCGUCACAUGUGAACGUUAUCCCUCUCCACAGUCUGAUACUCAUCUUUCACAAAUCCUUCAUUGAGGAGCCGGCACCGGAAAAUUGGACUUGAGCGGUGCGAAUUGCUAUGCCGGAGAUGGUCUCUUUCCGGUCGCCGUACAACCGGGUCAUACAUAUUCGGUGAAGGGAUUAGGUUUUGCAUGCGUGAAGAGAAUGUUGGUGAUUCUUCAUUCUUUCUGUGGAAGAAGAUAGAAUCGAUAGAUACAGAAAGAGGAUGGAAUCCACAGAUAAGGUUUUUGUUAAGUAGGGUAGUUAUAUGCUGCUUUAAGUUCACAAUAAAAUUUAAAAAAAAAUUGAUUAAACAUUCUUCAUACACAUUAUACACCAUUAUAAAUAACCAGGGGUAACAUAGUAAAAAAACCAAUUAUAAUUCAUUUUCAUCUCAUAUCUCCCAAACACUACUCCUGUUGCAAAAUGCAUUCUGCACAUAUCAUCCAAACACUUUACCAAAUUCAAAAUACAUUCUGACAAUAAUCCAAAAAGUUAAAAAGCCAAAAAUGUGAAAAUGAAAAGUCAAAAAG